CGGCUGUGAAUCGUGUUUCCAGGGUCAGGACGUUCAGUGGCCUGUGUGGUGCUGCUGUUUUAGCGGCAGUUUUAGAGGGAUGGGGAUGAAUCUCUGAGUUUUCCUGCGGGUUUAUGUUUGAGCUGGAAGUCAGCUAUGGUGUCGGUGAGGCGUUCUGAAAGCCGUGCCUUUUGGACAAAUGAAUGCGGUGCUUGGAUUUUAACACAAAGCCUCAUGAGGAGUUAAUGUAGCUCGACUCGGGAAUCAUUUUCCCCUUCCUUUAGUUUAGUUUAGCCAUACAGCUUGCCUUCCCCCGCCGAGUUUUUUCUCUUUUUAUGCCAGUUCAAUAAUCUUUUAAGAUGAAGAGGGUAAACAGUUUCCAAAGAUUCAUGAACGGCAGAGCUGCUGCGAACCGCCGCUAUCAGCCCACAUGCUAUGAACAUGCAGCCAACUGCUACACCCAUGCGCUCCUGAUUGUGCCUGCGAUCGUGGGCAUGGCUCUGCUCCACCGGCUAUCAGACGACCGCUGGGAGCGAAUUACAGCGUGGGUUUAUGGCAUGGGCCUCUGUGCGCUCUUCCUCAUCUCCACCGCCUUCCACAUCAUCACCUGGAAAAAGAGCCACAUGAGGACCAUGGAGCACUGCUUUCACAUGUGUGACCGAGUUGUCAUCUACUUUUUCAUCGCUGCCUCCUACACACCAUGGUUAAAUCUGAGGGAACUGGGGCCUCUCGCUUCUCACAUGCGCUGGUUUGUCUGGCUCAUGGCUGCCGCAGGAACAAUAUACGUCUUCAACUACCACGAGAAGUAUAAACUUAUUGAACUGGCCUUCUACUUGACUAUGGGCUUUUUCCCAGCACUGGUGGUGACCUCAAUGAAUAAUACAGAUGGUCUGUAUGAGUUGGCCUUUGGGGGUGUGAUCUACUGCCUGGGCGUGGUCUUCUUCAAGUCAGAUGGCGUCAUCCCGUUCGCUCACGCUAUUUGGCAUGUGUUUGUUGCCAUGGCUGCGGCCGUGCAUUAUUACGCCAUCUGGAAAUACCUCUACAGGAGCUCACCCAGCGACGACCUCAAGGAUGCCUGAACCCUCACCUUUCGCCCAACAUGCAUACAAGCUGAUCUCAUCCUUCAACUCUUGUCUUUCUCAAUGGGGAAAAGGUUUUUUCUGCUAGGCUCUUUUUCCACAACAUUUGUACAAUUCACUAACAUCAGGUGUGCUAACAUAAGCUACCGAAGUUUACGACUACGACCGUGUAUUGUUUACUGUUUUCUAACAAGCUGGAGAACAGUGUAAUUGUGUGUAUGCAUGUGUGACUGCACACGCUUCACUCGCGGCUACAGACGCCCCACGCAGCUCAUGUCUGUUUCUGUAACAAACGAUGAAAGUAAAACCUCUUCUUUUCCUUUUUGACCAGUAUUUUUGCACAGCUCACUGCAAACUGAGGCCGGACGUUAACGUCAUUUCUGUACUGUCUUUUUAUUUUUAUUUUUAACGCUCAUUGUUACUGUUACUUUGUUUUGGAGCAAUUGCACACAUACACAUUCCACCUUUGCUUGUUUCGGUUUUCAUCAGCUGUAAUCUCGUACUGUCAGGUUUUUUGGAACAGUGCAUCAGGGUGUACUUUUGCAUCAAAGCAAACAUUUUUUCCACUUUUUCACAUAUACAAUACUUAACUCAUGGACUUUUCUGUUUUCUUUCCAACAAGGUUGUUCCACUGUGUUGUAAUGUAAUAUAUUCAGCAGUAUUUGAAAGUGCUGUCUUUUCCAGAAACAAGCACUUUUGUAACAUAAAGAACCACUUAUAUUUGAUACUCCAUGUUUUUGUUUUUCUCGAGUAGUUAGUUCGGUAGCUAAUCCCAAGGGAGACCUGUUGUUACUGUAAGUGGUCCUGAAGAAACUGUACUGUAUCUGUACCUGGAGGGUAGAAGUGUGAAGACAGUGGACAAUGACUUAUGAGCAGUCAGCAUUUCUAGUGGAAAGUUUCUGAGAGCACUGUGAACACAAACGUGUCUUGAUAUGAGGGGGAGUUCCCAAGCAGAAUUUCUUAAAGAGGAAUGCCACCAAUAAUUAAGAUGUAAACAAAGUCAUUUAGAGUGGUUUGAUGUGAAAUGGUUAAUUGUAGAAACUUACUGACUUGGGUUUCUUUACAGUGGUGGUGAUGGGAAUCAGUGGUCAUGAUGUUUACAACUCAAAUAUAGCCAUCUUAUUUACUAUCCAAAAUGACCAGUGAACCUACAUGUCUUCUGAAAAUGAAUCAGGGAUGGGAGAUCAAGGUGACCUGCCAUCACAUUGUUCAUGUUACCAAACUGUUUAUAUAUGCAGUAUGAACUGUCAGUGUUGUUGAAAAGCACAAUGAGUUUGAGUUUAUUCUUGGGCGUUAUAGAGUACCACUUUUAUUUUCUGUGCAAGUGCAUUUUCCCAGGUUAAUUAUGUGUUGAUUUACAGUGAUGUAAAAAUCAGUUCUACUAAGCUUGUUUAUUCAUGAAAUUCAGCAACUGCUGCUGAGAAUUUGCAUUAAAAAGUUAAACAAGACAAAUGUUAUUAUAAGUAGUAUGAACAUAAUUAAAACGCAAGCUAAUUUCAACAUCACAAGUAUGAUCAGUUGAAUUGUAUCCAGAAACAUCAGAGGUGCAAGAAUUCUGAUUGGUGCAAAUGGAAUCUAAUAUGUGAUGAUGUACAGAACCUGCUUUGAACGCAAGGGUUUCAAAAGAGUCAAAACACUCAGGAUUGUCUACCAUCACUAUUAAAUCUGAAAAAAUCAUUUUUUUAUUAGGGACUAUUUUCCUUUACAACGCCCUGCAUGUAUCUCUCCGCCCUGCACGUCUUUUAAAGACAUAUUUUAGUCCAAAAGCUUUUCAUAUGACAGACAUCAGGAAAUUGAUACGUAUUUAUAUCCAUUUCAUGUAAUAACGUUCUGUGAUGUAGCUUUCCGAGGCAUUAAAUGUUUCAGACGUCUGGUUCCUAUUGCCACCGCUAUGAACAGUUAUGUCUUAAAUCUCUCUAGAACAGCUCAUUUCACAUUUAAACCUCUCUGAAAGACUUUGUUUAGCUCUUAACUGCUGAAUUACGCAAAAGUUUUGAAAAAUCUUUGGUAUUACUUAAGCUAAUAUUAAGAACAAUAAAGGAAAUCAAAAAGCAUUUUGUUGAUAUUGGUGGCUUCUGUAUCUUAUGUAGUUAGCUGCAUUCAAAUGUUUGAAUAAGCUUGUCCAAUAGAAGAAAAUCAUAAACAGUGGGUCUUAUUCACCAAUAUCUUUCUACGUUUUUUCUUAAAUUUGUUCUUGAGAAAGGUCCUAAGAAAAAGUCUACACCAGAUUCAUGACUUGUUUUUAAAGUGCAGAAUUGUUUACACCUUUGUGCUCUUGAGUGUGUGUAGAUUCUGUUCUUACCUAAGAACAAAUAAGAAAAUACUGGUAAAUGUCAGAAUCUUUGUAAAACUGUGUAAGUGGGUUUCAAGAAGAAAUUUCUUCUUAAGAACGGUUGGUGAAUGAGGCCCAUUCUUAGUGGACAGUGCUCACUAAUUCAGCUUGUUGAACGGUCUUGCUUUGUGAAACGCCCCCCAGAGGCAGUGAAUCAUGUGUUUUUCUUAUAUUAGCCUGUUCCCCAAAAGCAUUUUAAACCUCAAGAUCAUUGCAGCUGCCGCAGAGGGACUCAGAUAGCCCAGAUGAUAUUCCUAUUCCUACCUAGCUCUUUGGGGAACCUGAAGCGUUUUCUGUAUUGCUACAGUGCAGUGACCACUGUAUUGCUGUUUGAUUUCCACUUAGAACCUGAUCGUGAAGGAGUUAUUGAGACAGUAUUUCUUCCCUUUUCUGUCCUAAUGUGGAGGUUUUUAGCUCUGAUAAAUCAGCCAGAACUCACUUCGACCCAUUCAUACUGUUCAGUGUGCCAUUCACGAAACAAAAACCAAGUUGCUUUUGGACUGCACUUCCCAUCAUUGUUUCCUCUGCUGUGCGCGUUAAAAAGAAUCGUGGGAAAUGGAGUACUCUGAGAUAAGCUGCUCUUUUUUUGUAUGAGUAUUUUCAUUCCAAAGAAAUCUUCUGGAUUUGCUUCCAUGUACCUUGCUGAAUAUAGCUGGCUGUACUUCUGAUGGCUUAGCUUGGCUGUAUAAUUAACUUUAAAAUCACCGCAUGGAUCUUUACGGACUUAAGCCAGCUUUAAAUGAGCGUGUUUGAAAGCUUGUGCUUCUGCAUUAAGAUAAUUUCACUGUGGUUGGAAAAUAGUGAGCUCAGUUAUCGUUUUAGACUGUGUUUGUGAACAAGACUGAUCCAGUUUUGAUAACUCUUCGUAGGCUGGAACUAGCAGGAUCCCUUGACUUUUGUAAUAUUUGUAUACUCUUGUUCUGGCACAUAACGUCUGUACCGGCCUUUUCAAAACAAGAAAGAGAGAAUCCUUCCUGCACUGCUAGUUCCUUAUUCUCUUAAUCCAUUCAGUGUUUGGUGCUGUACAUGACAAAUAUUUGUGUCCAAUUCUUAACGAGUUUCUAAAUUAUUAAUAAACGAUAACAGCUUUAA